AUGGCCAUGGAAUCUAUUACUAAAAAAAGGAAAAUAGCAGAAGAAAAGAGGAAAUUUAAUAUCCAAUGGACGGAAAAAUAUUUUGUGACCGAGUUAUUUGGCAAUAUAACAUGUCUUAUAUGUAAUGAUAAGAUUAGCGUAUGCAAGGAAUACAAUGUUAGACGUCAUUAUGUUUCGAAACAUGAGUCAGAAUAUCAGACAUUUAAUGAAGAAAGAAGAAAAACGAAAAUUGAAGAAUUGACAAAGGCAAUUAGCUCACAACAAGCUAAUCUUCAAAAACAUAUUGUUAAAAGUGGAACAUGUACAAAAGUUAGUUACCUUAUAGCUGAGAAAUUAGCUAAGAAAGGAAAACCUCUUAUUGAUGGAGAAUUAAUAAAAGAAUGCAUUGUUAUUGCUUUUAAUGAGUACUGUCCAGACAAGGUGAAUUUAGUAAAAGAAGCAUGUCUAUCACAUCAGACAAUUGGCAGAAGAAUUGAUGACUUGGGUGAUAAUAUUGAAGGCAUACUGAAGGACAAAUUAUCUGCAUGCGUUCUUUACAGUUUAGCGUUGGAUGAAAGUAUUGACCAAAGUGAUACUGCACAAUUAGUUAUUUUCAUUAGAGGAAUUGAUGAAAAUUUCAAUAUUAUUGAAGAAAUGUUGGACUUGUGUCACAUAAAGGGCACAACAAGAGGCAAGGACAUAUAUGAGAUUGUUAAUUUGUCAUUAGAUAAAUUCAAUAUUGAUAGGAAAAACAUUUAUUCAAUUACAACUGAUGGUGCUCCUGCCCUGACUGGUCAACACAAUGGUUUUAUUAGUUUAUUUAAAGAAUCUGUUGAUCAUGAGAUUCUCAGUUACCAUUGCUUGAUACAUCAACAACAAUUAUGUGCUCAAAAGCUAAAUAUGAAACAUUUGAUGACUGAUCUUGUCAAGGCUGUUAAUUUCAUCAGAUCACGGGGUUUAAAUCAUCGCGAAUUUAAAGCAUUCUUGGACGAAGUUGGCAGUGAAUAUGAAGACGUAGUAUAUUUCUCAAAAGUUAGAUGGCUCAGUAAAGCAGCAACCUUAAAAAGAUUUCAGUUAUUGUUGCCUGAAAUAAAAGUGUUCUUGGAAAAAAAGAAGCAAAAUGUGGAUUUUUUAGAAAAUGAAGAAUGGUUGAAUGAUUUAUCUUUCUUUGUAGACAUCACCGAAGUAUUAGCUGAACUUAAUGUGAGGAUUUGCUUGGAGAGUUUACGAUUAGAUUUUCUGACUUUAGAAAGAUUGAAAUUGAGUUAA